AUGUCGGAAACGGCUCCUGCAGCCUCAAGUAGCCUUGUCCCAAUUCCUGUCGAGAAACCUCCAUCUAAGAGGCGAAGGAAGAAGCCUGGCCUGGCCACUGCUCGCAAACCCCGGGGUUUCUCGGUUUCCAAGUUGAUUUCCGAGGCCCUUUCGACGUCCCAGGAACGGACCGGAAUGUCCCUUGCUGCCCUGAAGAAAGCCCUGGCUGCGGCUGGCUAUGACGUGGAGAAGAACAACAGCCGGAUCAAGCUGGCCCUCAAGAGACUUGUGAAUAAGGGGGUCCUGGUGCAGACCAAGGGCACCGGCGCCUCUGGCUCCUUCAAGCUCAGCAAGAAGGCUGCUCCUGAGCAGGUCAAGGGUAAGGUCAAGAAAUCUGCUUCUGCCAAGGCGAAGAAGCUGGGCUUGUCCAGGGUCUCGAGAUCCCCCAAGAGCAAUAAGACCAAGGGUGUCAAGAAGCCGAAGGCCACGCCCACGAAAGCAUCCGCCGGUGGACCCAAGACCAAAGGCACCAAGGGUGUGCAGCCGCGGAAAAGCCCCGCCAAAGAGAGGGCGGCCAACCCCAACGGUGGCAAGCCGAAGAUGGGCCUGCAGAAGACCGACCUGAGGAAGGCAGCAGCGAAGAAGUGA